AUGAUGAUAACUACAUCAUCAUCUUUUGAAGAACCUGUGACAAGAAGAUAUUCACAUCAGGAAUGUGAGGUUGAGGAAUUUCAGACAACAGGAGGUCUUAGGGAGGUUAAGGAAUUUCAGAAAACCUGGUUUGGCACGCUAUUGUUCGGUGGGUGUCACAAAAGGAUAUUACAUGGACAUGUCAAAAAUUAUCAACCACUUUUAAAGUUGUUGUGGACAUUAUUGAGGGAGAAUUUCUUUGUACAUCUCUUAGGGACGUCCAAGCGCCCUGUCAUGGCACCCAUGUUUUGUAGAGGUUUGAUCUGGUUCUUGCUGGUUUUGAUCUUGGAGUUUGCUGUUCUUAUUUUAAUGGUCUUGUUUGGGGUUUAA